AUGGCUGCAAACAUAUUUCUGGAGCACAACAUGGAGGGAAGGAGGGAACGAGCUCCACUCGGAGCAGUGUCCUACCUACUCAACAUCUCGGGAAUUAUCGGAAAUGUGCUGGUCCUCCAUGUCUUCCGUACCCGCUUUAGCAGAUCAUUAAAUUACAGGACCUUCGUCUUAUUUCUGGCGUUCGUUGAUCUCUUCACCUGUAUUGCUCACAUAGCAAAAGAGUUGAACAGAAUGAUAUCAGUUUACAAUCAAUUGAGUGAUAAAGCACCAUUCAUGUGUGAGAUAUCUCACUACGUCGGCAAUUCUGUCGGAGUUGCGUCUUUUUUUAUCGUUAUGUUUAUCACUUUCGAGAGAUACAGGAAAAUAUGUACACCAUUUAAACCACAGAUUAUGAUCAAGCAUUCAAGGAUUAUGUGUGUAUGCACAGUCCUUAUAAGCUUUGCCAUAAAUUUCCCAAUUUAUUUGAUUCAUGGAAAAAGAAAUGUCGUAGUUGGAGGUAUAAAUGCCACAAGAUGUUCCACCAAAAACGAGUAUGACGGAGUAAUGCUGCCCUUUCUAUACCACGUCUUAAUCUUCGCACUUGUCGUCGUAUGCUUUCCAGUGGUAGUCAUAUUCCAGCUGAAAAUACGAAAUGCUCUCGUCAGGAAAACCAAUUCAAAAAAGAAGAUGAAAAAUAUCAACUCUAACCAAAAGUCUGAAAACCCCACGUCUGUUAACGAAAAAGAUACUGGAAAAAAUGUUAAGAAGGAUAAGUCUAAAAGAAAAGCGGCAGCUGAUGAUGAUGAGGAUAAAAGAAACAGGCGGAUAGCGAUUACAUUCGCUAUUGUUUCACUGUUUUUGAUGGUCAGCUUUUUUACUCAUACUUUGUACGAGUUCAUCAAAUCGCUGGACAAAUACCUUACCCCACGACAGGAAAUUUCCAAGACGGAAGAUAUUCUAGAAGAAUACCUUCCUGAUAUCAUUACCAUUAACGGAAUUUUGAACCCGUUCGUAUAUCUAUUCACUGAUGCCCAAUUCAAACAAGAACUGAUGAAGUUGUGUGGUCGAGGGGUGUAA